AUGGCCGAACAACCCCCCGGUGCGCUCUCGGCAGCGUUCCCCCCGCCGCCCACGUUCUUCACGCACUUUACGCCCGAGAAUCUCGCGGCGCUCAAGGAGCUGAGGGGUGCCGAUGGGGCUCUGCCGCCCAUGGAGCAGCUGCCGGAGGAGCUCAAGUGUCUGGUGCCGCCGCCGCUGCUGGAGGGCGGGUAUCGCGCGUUUGGGGAGACGUGGACGCUCCCCGAGAUCUACCCCUCCCUCGCGCAAUCCGGCAUCCAGCAGCUCUACCCAGACCCCACCACCAGCACCACCAGCACCACCACUACCACCACUGUGGCCACAGCCAGCGCCAACGCCAACGGCAAAGCAGGAACCCCCUCCUUCGACCGCACGCUCGAGCUGCGCCGGCUGUCGCAGUCGCUGCUGCUCAACUACCUCGAGCUCGUGGGCGUGAUGGGCAUCGCGCCCGAGCAGUUCCACGAAAAGACGGCCGCGCUCGAGACGAUCCUGUUCAACAUGCACCACCUCAUCAACGAGUACCGGCCGCACCAGGCGCGCGAGACGCUGUGCCUGCGCAUGGAGGAGCAGCUGGAGAAGAUCCGCCACGAGACGGAGGAGAAUCGCAGGGUGGUGGGGCAGAUUGAGGAGGUGCUGGCGGGGCUGGCGGGGGUCGGGGAGAGGGCGGAGGCGCUGGUGGGGGGCGUGGUGGGCGCGAGGAAGGGGAAGGAGAGUGGGGAGGAGAGGAGGGAGAGGGCCGUGGCGAGGGAUAGAGAGGCGUGGAGGAUGUUAGGGUUGGGGGGUGCUUGA